AAGAGCAGCAUGUUACCAGCUGUGCAUAAACAGAAAGAGAAGCUAGCUGAGGUCUUUAGACAGCUACUGCGUAUGAGCUAAUAAAACUAAUGUAAUGUUUGCGUUCGGCGAAGGUAAAGGCAGUAUAACUAACGUAAUGUUUUGACUUGACUUAAAGACGUUUUGUUUUAACUGCAUUUAAACGGCUUUGUGUUUAGCUGUUAGCUAAUUAGCUUGACAGUCAUCUAGCUAGCUGGACGUGUAGCAGGUUUCGCUUGCGAGCUGUCACCGGUUUGUUAUUGUUCUUUGUAAAAGUGGCCACUUCUUUUAUUACACAUGAGUGUGUCUAUGGUAGUAAUCCGUCUGGAAAUAGCCGACCAGUCUCCUUCUCCACAAGGUUUCCAGUACUCAGCUGAAGGCAUGUCAGAGAAGGAGCUGCAGGAGAAAGCUUUGGGUGUAGCCAAACACACUCUGAGUGGAAAGACGGAUCUGGAAAGAACCGCUGUACUGCAACAGCACAUCGGCAGUAGAGCCAUGGGGGACAUGGUUAUAGAAACAUUUGAACCCAGUCAAGAUAAAGGAGGAGGAGAAGACUCCAGCGGUGCAGCGGAGCAGGACAGUGAAGCUAAGGCUGCUCAGGCUGAAGCAGAGAGUCUGGAGGGUUCUGAGGGUUCUGAGGACACUAAGGCGACGGGGGCCACUCCUGACUCCCCCUCCAAACAGCUGCCGGACCAGAUCUCCUUCUUCAGCGGCAACCCGUCAGUGGAGAUCGUCCACGGUAUCAUGCACCUCUACAAGACAAACAAAAUGACAUCACUGAGAGAGGAUGUGAGGCGCAGUGCGAUGGUGUGCAUCCUGACAGUCCCCGCCACCAUGACCAGCCACGACCUCAUGAAGCUUUUAGCUCCUUAUAACGACGUCAUGGAGCAUAUGAAGAUCAUACGGGACUCUACCCCUAACCAGUACAUGGUUCUGAUUAAGUUCUGUACACAGGCCGAUGCAGACAGUUUUUACACAGCGUGUAAUGGCCGACAGUUCAACUCUAUAGAGGACGCAGUGUGCCAACUGGUCUACGUGGAGCGGGCCGACGUUAUAAAGUCUGAAGAGGGAGCCAGUCUGCCAGUGAUGGAGCUGACGGAGCUGCCUAAGUGCACCGUGUGCCUGGAGAGGAUGGACGAGUCGGUCAACGGCAUCCUCACCACUCUCUGCAACCACAGCUUUCACAGCCAGUGUCUCCAGCGGUGGGAAGAUGCCUCGUGUCCUGUGUGUAGGUACUGUCAAACACCAGAACCAGUGGAAGAGAACAAGUGCUUUGAGUGUGGAGUGCAGGAGAACCUGUGGAUUUGUUUGAUCUGCGGGCACAUUGGCUGCGGUCGCUACGUCAGCAUGCAUGCUUACAAGCACUUUGAGGAAACACAGCAUACCUACGCUAUGCAGCUCACCAACCACCGGGUCUGGGACUACGCAGGAGAUAACUACGUGCAUCGGCUGGUGGCCAGUAAGACAGACGGGAAGAUGGUGCAGUACGAGUGUGAGGGAGACACCUGCCACGCUGAGAAGAUUGAUGCCCUUCAACUAGAGUACUCGUACCUGCUGACGAGUCAACUGGAGUCUCAGAGGAUCUACUGGGAGAAUAAGAUCGUUCAUCUGGAGAAGGAGACAACAGAGGAGAUAACCAACAUGAAGGUUAAAUUUAAGGAGACCCUGGAGCGUUGCGAUAACUUAGAGCGACGCUUUGGAGAAAUGGGCAAAGAGAAGCAGAGCAUCGAUAAAAAGUGCUCUCAGCUGAACAGCCGGGUGGUGAAGCUGAGCCAGGAGCUGAUGGAGGAGCAGGAGAUGAACCGCUGCCUGCGAGCCAAUCAGACGGAGCUGCAGGCCACGCUGGCUGAGGAGGUGCACAAAGCGAAGGAGAGCGUUGGAUGUAAGGACGUGGCGAUAUCAGAGCUGCAGGAGCAGCUGAGGGACGUGAUGUUCUAUCUGGAGGCGCAGCAGCAGAUCGAGCACCUUCCCCCAGAGGCCCGCAGCGAGAUCCAGGAGGGACAGAUCAACAUCGGGGCCGGCCCGUCAGAAGGGGCCGGAGCAGAGCCCCCCUCGAGCCGGGGCAGGAGGGGCCGGGGCAGGAAGAGGAAGUAGGCGGCAGUUAAAUCUACUGGAACAUGCUAGAAUAUAUCGCCGCCUCUCAGAGUGGACACAUGGCUGAGCUUUGUCCUUUUGUGAACGUCUGCUUCAUCAUUGGUGUUCCCUUGAAAGAGGGAAAAUGACUUAUCUCCUGGAAGAAAGAUUAAAUAUUCACAUUUACCUUCCCCACUCCCCACUCCCCACUCCCCAUCUAAACUCAAUGUAGCUUCCACAGAAAGAGAAUGUGGACGGAUGACACGCUCAUUAAAGAGACUGCUGCGUGCUUUCCACAUAUAUUAAACAUCCGUGUGAUGCAAAUAUAUUCUGCUGUACCCAAAUCUAAAGAGAGCUACUUUCAUUUGUUCCCGGUUAAUACCCUGUUGUAGUACUUCUUGUCAUAGACGGCUUUUAUAUAUUUUUUGUUUUCUUUCACAUCAGCGAAUGUUGUCAAAGUGAAGCAGAUGGAUGAAUGUUUGCUUUGUGUUUAAACAAAAUGAUCUUUUCCUAAAUGUGUACGCUUUUCUUGUCCAUUCGGUCAAAUGCACACGAUUCGGUCUUCAAAAUGAUUUCUAAAAAGCUUCCAAAACUAACAGUGAACACUACUCAGGAUGACGAAGAUAAACAGGAGGAACGUCGAUAUGCUUUCUCUGAUGCGUCAGGUUGAUGGCUGCUGGAAAGUCCGGGGACAGAGCCAGAGCGUUCCCACUAACAGGAAGCUCUCUGAAAGAGCAGGAAUCAUGUUUCCCCUCUAUCAACCUAGGUCAAUGAUUCCUAAACGGGUGUAUGUUUAGCUACCAGUGACUUCCUGAUAAAUGCAGUAGGACCUCGGGGCAAGCAGUUAGACAAGAAACUAAUCUGCAGAUGAAUCGAUAAUGAGCCAUAUUUGGCAGCCCUAGCUAUAAAUGUUUAUAUGAACGUGGUUUAAAAGGAGUAAACUAGCUCAUCAUUUAAAAGCUCUUUACUGAUAAUGCAUCGGAAAUAACACUCCACUAAUGUAAAAGGACACGCAGUAGUGGCACUUUGCUUUUAAUACUUCCUUAAAUUAAGUAUAUUUUGCUGCAAAUAUUUUCAAAUUAAAGUAAGAUUCUAAGUGCAGGAAUGACAGCUUUUUAUUCCCACUUUGGCUUGUGUUGCGGACAAACUAAUCCUCUCGGCACAUGUGAGCUUCAGGUUUGGAAACUGCAGAUCUAGGCCAUGUGUUAUGUGAGCCUGUAUACAAAGCACCGAACACAAUCUAUUUUGGAAACAUUGGAGUGGUCCAUGACCUUAACUAUGACGCUGAGCAAGAUGUCAGAGAUUAGGAGAAGGGUCUGCUUUCACAAUUUUAAAGGAUUUCUGCUUGUUCUUGUGACAUUCAUUACUUAGUUAAACAUUUAAACUUGCAGACUAUUCCUGUAAAAGCGUUAGAUUGACCCAAAAGGCCUUAAAUCUGAACUUCGGUGUAGCAAUGACAAACUUUUCAUUCGCUAAGAAAGUUGUUUAAACUCAACCUCAAGAAAAACAAUAUUCUUCAACCUGAGAACUCUGAUAAAAAUAAUUCAAUAUUCUGAGAAAUACACUUCUUUGCUUUCUAACAAAGAGCACAAUGAGGACAUUGAUACCACAUAUCAAUAUUCUCAUUUAUCUUUUCCAAAAACAAAUAAGUAUUUCCCAAAAUGCUGAAUUAUUCUACUUGGUAUAUCUGAUGUGCCCGAGAGUAACUGUCACUUUAUAUGUAGGUUUGUUUUGAUCGUUUUCUUAGUGUAUGUGCACAAGCUACAAAAACAAUAAACCUGGACAGGACAAUUUCAGUACAUAUGGAAAUAUCUUUUCAAAUGUGUUUUUCUUUCAUGUUGGCUCUGAAAUCAUGCUCCAAAGUUCAAUAAAUGGUUUUCUAAAGUCU